GAUGGAGAUGAUGGCAACAGGGAGAAGGAUGGGGCUGAGGACAGGGAUGGAGAUGGGGAAGUGAAUGAGGACAGGGAUGGGAUGGAGGUGGGAAUGGGGGGAGAGAAGGACAAGAGCAGGAAGUGCUCCAGGCAGCCUGGAGGAGCACGGAGCUGGAGGUGACUCAUGGAGAGCUGGACACUGCUUGGGUUCAGGCUGGGACAGCAGCAAACCUCAGUGUUUCACUGACGAAGCCUCUGAGCACAGCACUGGUCUGUAACUCUUCCCUGUGGUACAGCAUCAGCGCUUUCUCCCCAUCAACCUUUGGUCCUCCUCACUGUCCCCUUGAUUGCAGAUUUGUGAAUUAAUAGAAAACUAGUGCUGCAGUCUGUUUUAAUCACCUGUUAGUUUCAUCUACCACUGCUGAUAUGAAAACAUUCCUGGCUUAAGUCAUCUGUAAACAAUUUGCAUUCUCCAUUACAUCACCCAGAUCCACCCUACAUCUUUAAAUGCUAUCAUUGCCUAUAAAAAGAAAAUAAAAAUGUCCAAAACCCCUUUUCCAGCACGAUGUCUGUUUCUCUGCCUCUGACCACAGCUCUGAGCAAUUGGGGACAGGCAAUGUGACAAAAAGAAGCAUAACCUGGUCAAGGUAUGGGGUAAAGCCCUCAUGGUGAGGGGUCCAAGCAUUGUAGUCUGGCCAGGACAGCAGGGGAGGGAUAUUAAAGCACUGAGAUGUGACCUGAAGCGGAGAAAGGGCACUGAGAGAGGACAAAAUACACCUUUUCUCUCCCAGUGUUCUCAGAGUGAUCAAAGGAGCUGCUUUUCUUCUGAAGCUUUACUGCUGGAAUGAUGGCAGAGCUUGCAUUAUUUUUUGCACUCGCAUUUUUUUUUUCUGGCUUUAAAUAAAGCCACAAAUGUGCUCUAGUAGCUUUCCUUCCUUUCUCAUUCCUAGGAUGCUGGAACUCAUUGCAUCCCAGCACGGGUGGUUUGGCAUCAGGCUUUAUCCCCCAGACCCCAGGCAGGGAGAGAAACCAGGAUACUUUUGCACUGGGAAGGUGCUGCUGCCACAUAUCACCUUCCUGAGAUGGUCCCUAAAUCUACUUCUAUGGAAAAGAGCUGUACAGAUGCCUGAGCUUUCACUGUGUAUUUUUCUUCCUCCUUUCUCCUGCCCAAAAUGAUGCUGAAAUCUCCAAAAGAAAAAUUAUUUCCAUGUGAUCCCAGUACUUUCUCCUUUGGCUGGAACAUUGAAUGUGGUUUUGGGUCUGUGGUUUUUUUUUUUUUUCCCCUUUCACAAUUUUUGUUGGUCUUCAUUUCCAUCAUUGUGUGAGGCAUCGUGCGAGCAGACAGACAGACUGGCUGAGCGUUGUAGGGAAACCGUAGCAGGACAAAAGCACAGAAACUCAGCACAAGUUGAUGCAAGCAAAGAACCAAGGGAAAAAAAAAUAGCUUUUGCAAACAAGCGAGCUGCUGGAUUUCAUAAGGAGCAGGACGAACUUUCAGUGUUUCAUUUGGACUCCAGCUAGGAAGCUGCAGCAGCUGCCGAGGACUGAAGAACCUGACUGAACGGCAGCUUUCAUAUUAUGCAUCCUGCUAAGCAACAGCAAGGAAAGUAAGAGACAGGGUUCUGAGUCACAAGCUGGCUUGGAUGAAGAUGAGCGCCGUGCUCCUGCUGCUGCUCCUGGUGUCCAUCCCCAGCUCCAUGGCGGAGCAGGACCUGCCAAGACGGGAGACACGACGCCUGUCAUGUGUGCGAUGCUGCGGGCCCUCAGAGCAGCCCAUCUCCAUCAUCUCCUCACGGUACACAAGGAUGAGCAGUGAUCCUGCUACCUCGGUACCCAAAGUGCAGCCAACCAUAGACAUCACCAUCCUCAAAGGUGAGAAGGGAGAAAUGGGAGAAAAAGGGCACCCUGGAGCAGCUGGGAAGGAAGGAGAGAGAGGGCUACGUGGCUUCAAUGGACGGAAGGGCCAGAAAGGUCAGCCUGGCCCCCAAGGUCACUCAUGCAAGCAGCUCUAUGCUGCCUUCUCAGUGGGUCGCAGAAAGCCCUUGCAUAGCUCAGACUACUUCCAGCAAGUCAUUUUCGACACCGAAUUUGUGAACCUUUACAAGCACUUCAACAUGUUCUCAGGGAAGUUCUACUGCUACGUGCCAGGAAUCUACUACUUCAGCCUCAAUGUCCACACUUGGAACUUCAAGGAGACCUACCUGCACCUGAUGAAGAACGAGAAGGAGAUGGUCAUCCUCUAUGCCCAGCCCAGCGACCGGAGCAUCAUGCAGAGCCAGAGCCUGAUGCUGGACCUGCAGGAAGGAGAUGAGGUCUGGGUGAGGAUGUUCAAACGGGAGCGAGAAAAUGCCAUCUAUAGUGAGGAGUCUGAUGUUUACAUCAUCUUCAAUGGCCAUUUAAUCAAGCCAGCUGUAGAGUAGCUGUUCCUCAGCUUCAGGCUCAGAGCUUUGGCAGGGGUUUUUCUGAUGCAUUAAUGUCUUCCCUUUUAGAAACGCACAUCUAGCUCUGCUUGGAAGGACUUCAGCAGGCAGCCUCCUGGUGGCUUUGUGUCCAUGCAAGGGACACUUGCAAAUGGAGGUGAUGGAGCUUCAAUGUGCUGCAAGCUAUGACCACAAAAGGCUUUAACCCUUAGCAUGCCCUGGAAACAAAGCACAGAAGGUCCCAGUUCUGCAGGAUCCCCAGGAACACUCUUGAAGAGUCUGCCAAGUUGGUAGCAACAAAAUUAAUCUCUGCUUUUCCUUGGAAAAGACAGGACUGUAGGGAUUAGAAGGAAUGUGGGGAGACUGAAUAGCUCAACAAGACAUUUUGAUUAGAUCUAAGGGUCAUCUUCAAAUACCUGUUAUCCAGGUGCUAAUUAAGGAACAUAUCUACCACAGCACUUAUAGCAGGGCAUAGUAUUGCCUCCUUUCUGCUGGUACCCAAACCAUGCCUGCUUCACUCAGGUGGGCAAGAACACACAGUGUUAAUAUUUUGUGCAGUACAAUUACCCUGAAUCACAUUUCAGUUCCAUUUCAUACAGUACCACAUUCUGAGAGCAAGGUGCUAGAAUUACAUACAGAGCAGUGUACUGACCCAGAAAACUUUCUCAGAGGCAUAGUUUUAAGUACAGCUGCAGCCACAUGCCCUAACUUUGCUAGACUGCUAUAUUACUAACAAAACUUGUUGCACAACACCUGGGUAUCAUGGGCAUUUCCACUUUUAAGGAAAACAGUGGGUACUGCCUUAGGAUCCUGUUUGUGAGUGCUCACUGCCAAGCUGGAACCUCCCAGACAAGAGCACGGCAUUAAUUACUGCCUUUGGCACUCUCACCUCUGGUAACUGGAAGAGAAAACCAGGAGGAAAAAAGGUGCUUCGCUGCCAGCAGUGAUAUUACAGGGAAUUUUAGCUUCACAUCAAAAUGGAGAGGUGCACACAGCAGUAAGAAACCUCAUUCCUUGCCCAUCCCCUCCUGUUUGCACCUUGAGCCGUUUGUAUGAAGGAUACAUGAAGACAAAUUGCUUCACUGCUGUGCCUCACCUACCCACACCUGUUCAAAAAAGUAGCUGAAAUAAACAGAUUGCUUUGAA